AUAAAAAUGAAAACGCUUAAAUUAACAAUACUUUUAGCAUUUUCUAUUAAAGACUCUUCAAGCACCCCAAGCGGUAAGCCUGAAAAACAUAAAUCGCAUGGAAAACAAAAAAAGGACAAACGGAAUCCUAGUAAAAGGAAUAGUCCAGUGACGUUGCAAAAACCUGAGUAUAUGUAUGAAGUCGACAGUCCCAUUGGUAGUUGCCAUGUAGAGUAUGAGAUUCUACCUGGACGGCCAAAAUAUCAAAUUGACGUUGUUUGCUGGAAAACAAUAGCAAAGGUAUACACUCUCGAUGGGCACAUCGCAUUAAAGACCUGUGUAAAAGAUGAUCUAUCUUGGGUUCCGGUAUAUGUUACACACGUUUUCAAUGACUUGGAUGUUUCGGAUAUCUUUAAAUUACACGGUCAUGUAAUUAACUACAUCAUAAUGACAAAUCCAGCAAAACUUGGAAAUGACGCCAAAAAGGAAAAAAAUAAAACUUUUUUCAUAAAUCAGAAAAAUCUAGAAUCUCCAAAAAAGUUUUCUUUGGCGUAUGAUUACGAUCCAAAUGUAAACCAAUACAACUAUGAUGAAGAACCUUUAAAGAAUUUUAUUGAAGGUUUAAUAUGGGAAUGUGCUGAGUAUCCAGGAAAGUUCAACGAUAAAGAAGUUAUAACAAAAUUAAAAUUUUUAGACUACCCACUUCAUGAAUUUUAUACAAAUCAGAUUAUAGAUCGCAUCAAAGUGUCUGACGCUGUUAUGUUCAAAAGUUUUGCCCCUUCUUGCCCGCCCCCGUCGUUUCACGAGGAUAUGGAUGAAAACGAAUCUCCUCAAAAAACUAACAAGAAAUCCAAAGGUAAAGGAGAUCCUGAAAAAACGACUAAGCACGAAAAAAAGAAAGAUAAAUCGCAAAAUGCUAAUAAAGACAAAGGAUGUAAUGCAAUAACCAUACGAGUAUCGGGAGAAGGGCUAUACACAGAUCCCGACCUUGCCAUCUAUAGCCUAACAGAAGCCUGUGGUCCUCUUGGAGAAGCUUACGUUUUAAUGUCGACAAAUGAAUUACUCACAAAGAUACAAAAAAACGAAUUUAACUCACUCAUAAUUAAAAUUAAUAAAAUUACCAACUUACCUCUGAAGGAAUUAAUUUUACAUGGGUUUAAAGAUAUUUCUGUUCGAUACAACGUGCCAUUUAUUGCGCAGUGUACAACGGUAGCGAAACCUUUGGAACAGUGCAUAACAUUUAAUGAGGGACACGCGCACUUUCUACCUGGUGUACCCAAACUGAAAUUUUUGGAAUUUAUUCAAACUGGAAGAUUAAUCGCAGAGAUACGAGGACGCAGAGAGCAACAUUUCAAGACCGUUGUACCAAGCCUGUUUGGUUUCGAAGCUAAUGACAAGUGUAUAGGAAGAAAAGUCACAAUUCGAAACUGCAAACAAAUUUUGGAAAGAUGGAAUGUUAAAUCCACUAUGGUCACAUUGGCGGUAGCAUGUUUUAAUGUUUCAUCACUUCUGAAACCUUCCUGGUUUGUUGAAGAAGCUGGAACUUGUCAUCAUCCCGAUGCCCUACUAUAUAAAAGGAACAAUUAUAGAAGAUACAGCACAACCACAAUCAAUAAUAUUAAUUUAGAGGUCCUGAGCAAACUUAAUAGUGGUAGUCCCUUAACAGAAGGUGUGUUAUCUAAAAUUGGCACAACAGUAGACAUAGAAAUACAUUUAAGUGCACCGUCAAAUGCAUUUUUGGAGCUUUACAGUAACAAUUCUAUUUUCAACGAACUCUUUGUGAUUGUGAAAAGAUAUGAGCUGGCACAUCAAUUGUUACACUUGGUUAUGCUACAUAAUCAAAACAUUUUGGGACCAGAAGUUAUGAUCGCUAAUUAUUUAAAAAGCAACAUUAACAAGGAACUUGAUUCUGACAACAACAACAAUGUUGUUACUGGAUUUAUAUUAAAUAAUGGCAAUUGUUACAUAUUUUUUAUUGAAGGUUUAGCAAAUGGCUUGGUGUCACAUAUUUGGAGCCAAAUAAAAGACUUUUCUGGAUCAGAAGUAAAAAUAUUUUAUAGUAGUGACUUUUGUUUUGAACGCAGAUUGUACUCUGAAUUCAUUCCAUAUGGAGGGGUUUACGUUGUUAAUCUGAAAACACCUCUUCAUAAUAUUCUCAUUCAAGAUAUUGUAUAUCUAGAGGGCAACAUACCGUUACCAUGUUGGGAGGCACUUAAAAAGCUAGGCACUUUAAUGAAAUGUAACACUCUAAGAUUAAUGGCGCAGUGUAAUUUAUUUCCAACAGCCAAAGAAAUUUUAAGCCUUGAUAUGGAGUUUGGAGUGCCGUAUCAAUGGGAUCCAAAAGAAAAUUUGACCAAUCUGCGGCGGAAUACAAUUGGAUUAAAAAACGUUCAUACACAAUUAUUUAUGUAGACAGCAACAAAAUA